AUGAACAUGGCCGAUAUCUCUGUCCACAUUGUGGGACCUCUGACGCGGCGGCUGACAACAUUGUACACCAUAUCCAAACACUCUCACGUGUUUGAGCGACAGCACGUCUGGACACAUGCGAAACGCCACGAAGCACGACGAGAGGGCAAGGCUGAGGAUACUUUUCAAAGAGUCCAUCCGUUCGUGCUUGAGGAUGUGCUUGAGGAGUUCUGGUUGAAGUUCUUGCCGCUUGUAUUUUCUGGAGCCACAACGUGCGAGGCUCUCAUCGAACAAGGCCGUCUCCCUGAUAAGCAGAGCGGCGAGCUUAAAGCCAUUUCUCAUUCACACAAUGAUCACUGUGCACCGAACCCUGGCUCGGAAGACCAGCUGCGCGACGAGAGCGAGGCUCCCGGAAACAUUUACGCUGCCAGGGCUAAGCCAGGUCCCAGCGCUCAUCCAAGGACAUAUCUUAACGAAGACCCAGGCAUGACCAUUUGGGAUCAUAUCGAGAAUGGCGCGGCGACUUUUGAUAGUUUGGACGAAGAGUUGAUUCGAAAAACAAAUACUGAGGUUUUGCUCCUGGAAGCUUCCAGGACUCCGCUGAGGCCAAGCAGGAGAUUCUGGCUUACAGUUGGCGAUACCCUGGCGACCAGAGCAACAAGACAGUGGGAGCUUAUAAAGUCUACCAGGAGCAAGAUUGAUUUCCAGCCUGUUAUUAAGCGGCUGAAGGAAAUUGAGAAGGGCGACAUGUCGGCAGACAGUUUGGUCUGUAUGGAUCUCGAGUUUGAUGUAAAACGCAACUCUACUAAGGUCUACGAAAUCGCCAUUGUUGCGUUAACUUCCGGCCAAACUUUACUUGACAUGGUCCUCGGACGGGACAAGAGGAGCCAGGAUGCAAAAUUUUCAACUUCUCCAGUUCUCAGCAUGGACGUGGCUCGACUUUUUAAUCAGCAUCAGCUUGGGAAACGAAACUGGCGAAACAACCGUCUUCCACGGCUAAGGCGUUAUGACAGCGUGCAAGACGUCGCUGAUCGGCUCAAGGAUAUCGUGAAGUCAGACACUCUGAUUAUUACUUGGCAUAGGAAUGCCGCAGACUUGCGAAUUCUGAGGACAUAUAUGGAGAAGCAAGGCUACGACAUGAGAGAGACGUUGCCAGCAGAUUCCAAUUGCAUGCCAAUCACCCCUUACUUUUCUAGGAAUCUCGGGCGUUUGGAUUCAGGACAGAAGUUCUGUUGCAAACUAGAAGUUCUUUUCCCGCUAUUUUUCCCGAACCAUAGCCUCACUGGAAGGAACCACAAGGCUAUAGUUGACACUUUGCAGCUACGGAUCAUGGCUUUGACCUUCCUAGAGUUGUUGAAACCUCCUAAUGAGAGGCACCACACCUGGAGACCCCCUGCGAAACAAUCAUCAAUUCUUCAACAUUUCAAACGUACGACAAGCUCGAAGACUACACCUGAUAAUAAUAAUACACCAGCUUGUUUAGGGGAUGACAGAGCUGAAGCUCAGGAAUCGAUAGGCGAGAGCACCCAGACAGCUCCGCUAAGCCUCGAUAUCGAUGACCUGAGCUGUGCGAAAGGGAGUGUUAUGGAGACGGCCUUGAUUGAGGACAACGAUGCUACUGAGGACGAGGACUGGGCAUCUAUCGGUGCUAAAGCCUUGAGAAGAGCAUAA